CAACCAGAGUGCAGUAAUGAAUCACGACACCUGGUGGGCGACCAAUAGGAAUGCAGUGGGCUCUAUAAAAGCCGAGCCCUCAAGGCACCUAGCCCACUUGAGGAGCAGAGGACAAAGGAGCUUCUUCACGAUGGCACGCACCAAGCAGACAGCGCGGAAGUCGACAGGAGGCAAGGCUCCACGGAAGCAGCUAGCUAUGAAUGUGGCUUGCAAGACUGCACCGGUUACUGGCGUAGUGAAGAAGAAGCAGCACCGCUACCGCCCAGGCACCGUGGCGCUUCGUGAGAUCCGCCGCUACCAGAAGACCACCGAGUUGCUGAUUCGCAGGGCGCCGUUCCAGCACUUGGUGCGUGAGAUAGCCCAGGGUUUCAAGACUGACCUGCGCUUCCAGAGCUCUGCGCUGAUGGCGCUGCAGGAGGCCUGCGAGGCCUACCUUGUGGCGCUGUUCGAAGACACCAACCUGUGUGCCAUCCACGCCAAGCGGGUGACCAUCAUGCCGAAAGACAUCCACCUGGCUCGUCGCAUUCGCGGAGACUGUGACAAGACCGUGUACUUUUCUGAGAAGGUGAGCUCCCUGGGCAAGGACUGGCACAAGUUCUGUCUCAUGUGUGAGCGCUGCAACAAGACGCUGACCUCCCGGGGCCAUGCUGAGCAUGAUGGGAAACCUUUCUACCACAAACCCUGCUGUCUCAUCCUGCUCUGGAAGUGCAGCUCCAAGACACUGACCCCUGGCGGCUAUGCUGAGAAUGAAGGCCAGCCCUGCUGCCACAAGCCUUGCUAUGGAAUUCUCUUUGGACCCAAGGGAUCCUGGUGGCAAGACCACCCGGAGGGGCAGGCUGUAAAGAGGAUCACCACAUGGGCCAACCAGAGUGCAGUAAUGAAUCACGACACCUGGUGGGCGACCAAUAGGAAUGCAGUGGGCUCUAUAAAAGCCGAGCCCUCAAGGCACCUAGCCCACUUGAGGAGCAGAGGACAAAGGAGCUUCUUCACGAUGGCACGCACCAAGCAGACAGCGCGGAAGUCGACGGGAGGCAAGGCUCCACGGAAGCAGCUAGCUAUGAAUGUGGCUUGCAAGACUGCACCGGUUACUGGCGUAGUGAAGAAGAAGCAGCACCGCUACCGCCCAGGCACCGUGGCGCUUCGUGAGAUCCGCCGCUACCAGAAGACCACCGAGUUGCUGAUUCGCAGGGCGCCGUUCCAGCACUUGGUGCGUGAGAUAGCCCAGGGUUUCAAGACUGACCUGCGCUUCCAGAGCUCUGCGCUGAUGGCGCUGCAGGAGGCCUGCGAGGCCUACCUUGUGGCGCUGUUCGAAGACACCAACCUGUGUGCCAUCCACGCCAAGCGGGUGACCAUCAUGCCGAAAGACAUCCACCUGGCUCGUCGCAUUCGCGGAGAGCACUCUUAAACUUAGACUCCACAGGCUCCUGAUUAUUGCACUAUCCUAAACCCAAAGGCUCUUUUCAGAGCCACCCACC